UCAAUGGAAGAAUGCUUUGAUUGGCCCUAAAACUUCCCGCGCUUGGCCCAAGCCGCAGCGCGAGAUGCCUGGAAAUGGAGAUUCAUCUGCGGCGCAUGCUCUUAACGUUAAAACGAAUUUAUUUUCCGCCUUGUUGCUCGUGACCUCCACCUCCACAGUGCAUAUAUGCGACUGAGGUCUUAUGUCGCCAACGUCGUGUCUCACUGCCGGUCUCUAAGUACACCCAUCUAAUGGACCGUUAUCGAGGACAACGACGAUCGCCUCCGCCUCGAGACAGACCUCCUCGUAACGACCGAGACGACCAUCCUAACGUUGAAUACUUUGGGGCUGGUGAGAGUUACAGACCUGGCGGCCAAACUGGUGACGGACCUUACCGACCGGCAAAUCGAGAACGACAAGGUCCGGAUACCUGGUCGGGUGACAGGAGAGAGGGUAGAGAUGGUAGAGACGGGAGAGAUGGGCGACGAGAUGAGAGAAGGGAGGACGUAGACUCAUAUGUGCCAGUGACAAAUGCACGGCCUGCGAGACCCCGAAGCCGUUCUCCUGCAUUUCGUCGAAGAUCACGCUCCCGGACACCGCCAAAUCGAGGAAGAGAAGAUUUAUUUGCAAAUAGACGAUCACCACCACGUCGCUACUCUCCGCGCAGAAGUCCUCCGAGAAGACGAUCUAGAUCAGCAUUUGGUGCAAGGCCCAGGAGUCCACCAGAUGCGAAGAGAUUUCGCGACUUCUCCCCUGACAGACGGUCACCUAAACGAGAACGAAGAACAUCUCCAGACCGAGAUAGAUUCGAUCGACGGUCGCCACCUAGACGUGGUUUCUCACCUGGCGGAAGAGGUGGAGAGAGCUACAGACCUAGAUCAAGAACACCUCCGCGCGGCAGACCUGGGGAGGACAACUGGAGGAGACGGUCACCUUCGCCGAGGACAUCAGUCCCAGCAUCAGGCAACACUUCACGAAGAUCAUCCCCUCCUGUCCACCCGGACAGAGCAAGUCUAGCAGGAUCGGUACCCAGAUCACCGGCACGUCCUGCCAGAGCUCAAUACGACAGAGCAGACUCUGCAAGCCGUCGAGACAGAUCACCUUUUGCUGGCGACGGCCAAGCCAGACCACGAGAUGUAAGCGCACCUCGCGAUGAUGUGCGUCCCAACGGCGACUCUCUACAGCCACCGUCCGGCCCCAGCGGUCAUCGCAAUGGUGAUUACAGCCGGCCACCACCAACUGGCCCAGCCCGCAGUUUCAACCAGUCUACCUCACAUGCACCACCCACAGGUCCCGCAGCAUCAACCAUGUCGAUGUCCGCGCACAGUCGUGGUGGAGGCCCUGCGACGUUCUCAGCACCGACAGGACCCCGCGGGAGUGGUGGCCGAUCCGAUGGUCCACCACGCGACUUCGUUAGUCCCGCACCACGUGGACGCGGCAGCUUGACGUACCGUGGCCCUGCUCCCCAUGGGCCUAGGGGAGGAGGUUAUGGUCGCGGCGACUUUGGCGCACCUAGGAGUGACUAUGGUGGUGGCCGAGGUGAAUAUGGAGGUGGAGCUGGCGGCGGCCGAGGAGACUUUAGCUCAUCUAGGGGUGACUACGGUGGAAGUGGCAGCCGAGGAGACUUUAGCUCAUCUAGAGGUGACUACGGUGGAAGUGGUGGCCGAGGAGACUUUGGCGGAGGUGGGGGCUAUCGCGGUGGCUUCGGACGCGGCGAAGCAUCAUUCUCUUUCCGCGGCAACAGCAGCAGCAGCGGAACAUACCCUCGAACUCAGCGCUUCAACACGCUACAGCAACACCUCGCCACGAACGAGAAGAUUGUGCCUGGCGGUAAACUCUUACCGUCGGGUCUCCCGCCCGAUCAGGAGAAGCGCAUCAAGAUGCUGGAAGCCGAGUCUGAGCGGAUGCGCACUGAGAUCGCGGACAAACAGAAAAACAAACGGGAGAUCCUGAAUGAAUGGGAUGUGCGGGAACGUGAGAGUGAGAGGGAGAGUCUACGAAGUGAACUUGCGGAAGCGCAUCUGCAGCAGUUGAUGGAAGGAGAGGAUGGGAUCGGGCGUGCGGCGUUCUAGGAACAUUACCUCCUGCCCACCGGCUCUGCCAUCGUGGUACGUUGGAUCAAAAGCAGCUAGGCCACUUGGUGUCAUGAAGGCUGCGAAAGAAAGAUCAUUGUUAACCCAGGAUUUCUGCAUAGCGAAAUGGGACAAAUUGGGUAAAAAGUAGCGAUCGAGCGAAAACUUGAACAUUGAACAAAAUGG